AAGGCUGAGCCCAAUCCAGCCAGGAUGGCCGAGGGAUCUCUGCCCCGGGACGUGAUUUGCUGGCAUUGUCUUGGAGCCCUUCUGGAAGGCUGUCUUGAGCUGAGCGUUUGGGGAGCGUCCCUUCUGCAACUCCUCUUCAGAUCUUGAUGAUAAAACACAUCCUUCUGUUUUAUUGCAUUUCCUAGAAGCUUGCAGGCUUGUAAGAGCGCUGUUGGCAGGAAACGUGAUAGAAAUGAAACUCAGGACAUCAUGUCCUCGGACACCUCGGUUACCUAAAGCGGCUGCCGAGGCCAUCGUGUUAUCAAAUUUGCUUUUAUCCACUGUCGCCUCCCGCACCCUCCCGUCCCCCAGACAAGAGGGCGAAGAGUGUUUUUCCCUAAGAAUAAAAACAACUCAGCGGUCCGACCUCACCCCCUGCCGCCGGACCCCGGUGGUGUCUACGGCCGUGCAGAGACUCUGCGGAGACCGGGAGCCCCACCGCAGGGCCCCUGAUGCGGGGUCCACUCCGGCAGCUCCAGCCUUAUUAAAAUUCCUUGUCCUUGUCCCUAAACAGUGCUUUACACUUUCAAAUUCCCCUUUGGAUUUUUCAGCGAGUUAUUGGAGUUAUUAGAUUACCAAUAAUCCAACAGCCGGCCAGGCUGGAGAGGUGGGGGGAAGGGCGGAAGGCAUUCUCCAAAUCAGGAGGCUCUGGCCAAACUAGGUCAAUGGGAAGGAGGGGAGGGGCGAGAAAGGGUUGGACCGUUUCAAACCUUGAUGGAGGGCUCUCUCUAGUGUUAGGCAGCGGUAAAAACACCCUUAGGUUUGAGCUCCCGGAAUCACGGGACUCCAAAUUGCCAAUAAAUGCACUUACUCAAGUUUAACUUCCUAGAUUCUCAUCCCUACCCCGUAUUAAAACCCAACCUUCUCUUUCACCUUUAUCCCCCCGGGCGGAGGGGUAAGAAGGCCUCAAUGUAGAAUUUUGAGACCAAAGAGUCUCAGCCUUUGAGGACUGACUCUGACCUUUCCGCUGCCGCAGAAGGGCUGAGCGGCACAGAGUGGCGCCACUGGCUAGUUUUAGGACCUGACUGCAGCCUUGCUUGCUGAGUCUUUCGCCGUCCCCUGACCCCCAAAAGCGCACCCCGGAGCUUGCUACCGAGACCAAAUAGGGCAGGGCACCCCGGGGUUAUAAUUCCCGGGAGGGCCGCAGGAAGAUGAAGUAAGCGUGGAGAGCGCCCGUGCGCGCGCGGGGGUCGGGGCCGGGUCUCUGCCCCGUCCAAGCCGGGUCUCCACGGUUUCGGGAAAAUCGGAAUCGGAAAUCCUUACGGCCUGGCAGCUCCUAUUCUAUAGACUUUGGGCGGAAACCAAGUGGAGCUGGGUUCCCGUUCUUGCCAACGUCGGCGGAAGGGGCUUUCGGUUUAGUUUUUCUCCAACCUUGGCUGGGGCGCCUUUGAUGGAGACUCUCAGUCCUAGGGAUUCCAUCUUUUUGACCUUGAAGUCUAGCCCAAACAUCCCCCUAAAAGAAGGGGGACGAGGGAGAAUGGAAGGCAAAAAGAGGAAAAAAGGCAAAUAAACUUCGGAAUCCGGCAACUUAAAGUCACGAUAUCAGCCUCGGAUUGGAUUCCAACUCCUGGGUUCUAGUCCCAGCUCUGCUGCUAACUGACCUUCCCCGUUAACAAAUUGUUGUGUGUGAGAGGUUGGACUAGGUGAACUCUGAGAGCCCUGGACUCGGCGCAGAUGAGGGAUUUAGGGGAAAGUGUGCUGUAUUCCCCGCGAGCCUUCCCCGGCGGCCCCGCCUCCCCGGGUGAAUCCCCGGCGGCCGGCGCAGCGCAGGCAGAGAUCCUGGCGGCUGCCGAGCCCGGCAGCUUCCUGGAAAGUUACUUCUCGUUGGAGCCGGCGAUAGGCAGAGCAUGUUCUGUGAAAUCCGCAGAGCCGAGAUUGACUACGUUCCGGGAAUGAGAGGGCUGUGCCAUUCCCCUCAUUGCCUGAUGCCUUGACGGCGUAACAGGAAAAAAAAAAAAAAAAAAAAAAAAAAAGGCAUACACACAAUGUUAGCCACCGAGGUGUACGAAAAGUUUUAUUUGAAUGUAACUAAAUUAAGGGCCGCCACUGUCAUUCCACAAAGCCUCCGUCUCGCCUUGCGGGGGGCUUGGAGGUGGAUCGCCCAGGGGCGGGCAGUCUCUGGAAGACAGGUUUUAAGCAAAAUUUUGGACUUUGAAGCAAGGCAUUGGUGAAGACAAAAUGGCCUCGCCGGCUGACAGCUGUAUCCAGUUCACCCGCCAUGCCAGUGACGUUCUUCUCAACCUUAAUCGUCUCCGGAGUCGAGACAUCUUGACUGAUGUUGUCAUUGUUGUGAGCCGUGAGCAGUUUAGAGCCCAUAAAACAGUCCUCAUGGCCUGCAGUGGCCUGUUCUAUAGCAUCUUCACAGACCAGUUGAAAUGCAACCUUAGUGUGAUCAAUUUAGAUCCUGAGAUCAACCCUGAGGGGUUCUGCAUCCUCCUGGACUUUAUGUACACGUCUCGACUCAAUUUGCGGGAGGGCAACAUCAUGGCCGUGAUGGCCACAGCUAUGUACCUGCAGAUGGAGCAUGUUGUGGAUACUUGCCGGAAGUUCAUCAAGGCCAGUGAAACAGAGAUGGUUCCUGCCAUCAAGCCUCCCCGUGAAGAGUUCCUCAACAGCCGGAUGCUAAUGCCCCAAGACAUUAUGGCCUAUCGGGGCCGUGAGGUGGUGGAGAACAGCCUGCCGCUGAGGAGUGCCCCUGGGUGUGAGAGCAGAGCCUUUGCCCCCAGCCUGUACAGUGGCCUGUCCACACAGCCAGCCUCUUACUCCAUGUACAGCCAUCUCCCCGUCAGCAGCUUCCUCUUCUCCGAUGAGGAGCUUCGAGAUGUCCGCAUGCCUGUGGCCAACCCCUUCCCCAAGGAGCGGGCCCUCCCGUGCGACAGUGCCAGGCCAGUCCCCGGUGAGUACAGCCGGCCGGCCUUGGAGGUGUCCCCUGGCGUGUGCCACGGCAAUAUCUAUUCGCCCAAGGAAACAGUCCCAGAAGAGGCACGAAGUGAUAUGCACUACGGUGUGGCCGAGGGGCCCAAGCCUGCUGCCCCCUCAGCCCGAAACGCCCCCUACUUCCCCUGUGACAAGGCCAGCAAAGAAGAAGAGAGACCCUCCUCAGAAGAUGAGAUUGCCUUGCAUUUCGAGUCCCCCAAUGCGCCCCUGAACCGGAAGGGUCUGGUGAGUCCACAGAGCCCCCAGAAAUCUGACUGCCAGCCCAACUCGCCUACAGAGUCCUGCAGCAGUAAGAAUGCCUGCAUCCUCCAGGCCUCUGGCUCCCCUCCAGCCAAGAGCCCCACUGACCCCAAAGCCUGCAACUGGAAGAAAUACAAGUUCAUCGUGCUCAACAGCCUCAACCAGAAUGCCAAACCAGAGGGGCCAGAGCAGGCUGAGCUGGGCCGCCUUUCCCCACGAGCCUACACCGCCCCGCCUACCUGCCAGCCACCCAUGGAGCCUGAGAACCUUGACCUCCAGUCCCCAACCAAACUCAGUGCCAGUGGGGAGGACUCCACCAUCCCACAAGCCAGCCGGCUCAAUAACAUCGUUAACAGGUCCCUGACGGGCUCUCCUCGCAGCAGCAGUGAGAGCCACUCACCACUCUACAUGCACCCACCGAAGUGCGCAUCCUGUGGCUCUCAGUCCCCACAGCAUGCGGAGAUGUGCCUGCACACGGCCGGACCCACGUUCCCCGAGGAGAUGGGAGAGACCCAGUCUGAGUACUCGGAUUCCAGCUGUGAGAACGGGGCCUUCUUCUGCAAUGAGUGUGACUGCCGCUUCUCUGAGGAGGCCUCACUCAAGAGGCACACGCUGCAGACCCACAGUGACAAACCCUACAAGUGUGACCGCUGCCAGGCCUCCUUCCGCUACAAGGGCAACCUCGCCAGCCACAAGACCGUCCACACCGGUGAGAAACCCUAUCGUUGCAACAUCUGUGGGGCCCAGUUCAACCGGCCAGCCAACCUGAAAACCCACACUCGAAUUCACUCUGGAGAGAAGCCCUACAAAUGCGAAACCUGUGGAGCCAGAUUUGUACAGGUGGCCCACCUCCGUGCCCACGUGCUCAUCCACACUGGCGAGAAGCCCUAUCCCUGUGAAAUCUGUGGCACCCGUUUCCGGCACCUUCAGACUCUGAAGAGCCACCUGCGAAUCCACACGGGAGAGAAACCUUACCAUUGUGAGAAGUGUAACCUGCAUUUCCGUCACAAAAGCCAGCUGCGACUUCACUUGCGCCAGAAGCAUGGUGCCAUCACCAACACCAAGGUGCAAUACCGCGUGUCGGCCACAGACCUGCCUCCGGAGCUCCCCAAAGCCUGCUGA